ACAAAGACCGUUACUCAUUUGCCACACCUGCCCAUCAGCUGUUCAUUCGGAAACCAUUUCCAACACUUGGCAUGAGGCUGCCACCUAUUUUUAGUAACGACAAUGACCAGCCGCAUACGGUGCGCGAUUUGCGAGCAGCUGCCACAAAUACCGCAACUGAAAAACAUUUACCAUGCCUUGGAAGUACCCACAAAAAAACAAAACGCAAACGCGUUGCCAAUCCUACAGUGGAAUUUGCCGGCUUCGGUUGUUGCACAACAGGAACACGAUCUUCUACAGUCUGUUAGAAAGCUACGGUUUGAUGCCACCUAUAUUGAGGAAGUGCGGGUGAUGCCCAGUAAAGGACGCACUGCAGCUAAAGUGGAGUUUCAGUUAGAACCCGAAGCCUUUACAUCACAAUUGCUGCAAGUGGAAGUGCCAACAACAACGGCAACGACCGUCUCAGCAAAGGAACACAUAGUUGUAGAGUAUAGUUCGCCGAAUAUAGCGAAACCGUUUCAUGUAGGCCACCUUCGAUCUACCAUUAUUGGCAACGUUUUGGCCAAUUUACAUACACAUUUGGGUUACCGCACCACACGCCUCAAUUAUCUUGGCGAUUGGGGCACACAGUUUGGUUUAUUGGCGCUGGGCGUCCAGAUGAGCAAUGUAAGCGAUGCAGAGAUGCGCUCGGCACCCAUCGAGACGCUUUAUAAAGCAUAUGUAAAGGCUAACAAAGCAGCCGAGUCGGACGACCAAGUUUCUCAACGGGCUCGGGACAUUUUCGCCAGUUUAGAAGCGGGCGAGGAUGCUGCAAUGGUCAGCCAGUGGCAUGAGUAUCGUCGCUAUACAAUAGAAGAGCUUACGCGUGUAUACGAACGCUUGGGAGUGCAUUUCGAUAGCUAUGAAUGGGAGUCGCAGUACUCGCAAGGACAAAUCAGUGAUGUGCUGAAGCAGCUAAGGACCGCAAAUUUGCUGCAACGUGAAAAAGAUGGACGUGAGAUUGUGGUGGUGGAUAACCGUCGUGUGCCCAUCAUUAAAAGCGAUGGCACCACUUUGUAUCUAGCGCGUGAUAUUGCUGCCUUGGUGGAGCGCCAUUCCCGUUUACAAUUUUCACGCAUGCUGUAUGUAGUGGACAAUGGACAAGCGGAUCAUUUCAAUGCGCUUUUCAAAACGGCAACUGCGCUCGACAACAACUUAAGCUUGGAAAAGCUGCAACAUGUAAAAUUUGGACGCAUUCACGGUAUGAGCACACGGAAAGGUCAGGCAAUCUUUCUGCGAGACGUGCUAGACGAGGCGCGCGAUGUAAUGCGGGAGAAACGCAGCGCCAGCGAAACUACCAAGAUCAAUAGCUUGUGGGAUGAUGAUCGUGUUUGUGAUAUUCUAGGUGUCUCGGCGGUGCUCAUAAAUGUGCUAAAGCAGCGUCGUCAGCGUGAUCAUGAAUUCAACUGGCAGCAUGCUCUACAGGUGAAUGGAGACACGGGCAUAAAGCUACAAUAUACGCACUGCCGAUUGCACAGUUUGUUGACAAACUUUGGGCACAUACAGCUGGCGGAUAUUAAGCCCAGUUGGUCCUACUUUGCGCAGGAACCGCACGCCGUGGAUUUGCUGUACGAGUUGGCACGCUUUGAACAGUGUGUGUGGCAGUCACAACAGCAACUUGAAGCUUGCGUGCUGGUCAACUAUCUGUUUGGCUUGUGUAACUCCACCAGUCGCGCCUUAAAGCAUUUACCAGUCAAACAGGAGACUGAUAGUCACAAACAGACUCAACGGCUCCUACUAUUCAAUGCCGCCAAGCGCACACUCAAACAGGGAAUGGAGCUCCUCAGUCUACAGCCCUUAAACCAAAUGUAAAGUCUCAACUGUUAAAUUGUACUUAUAGUUUAUUUGCUAUAUCUUUUUGUUAUAAUUCAACAUUUGCAAAAUGCACAUAACGCAAGGUUCGUUGUAAUUCACAGACGUGCCGCCUAGCGUUUCUUCCACGUGUAUUUGCGGCGUGCGCCUUCCUGUCCGAACUUCUUGCGCUCGCGUCGACGGUAGUCACGUGUCAGUAAACCGGCUGCAAUAUACACGCAAAGAGAAGGCAAUUAGUUCCAAUAAGAGUAUUUGUCACAUUUAUCUAUUGUUUAUGCAGUGGAACAAGAACAUUAUUCAGCAAAUUAUUUGCCUGUCUGACCACAGCAUCGCAACGGUCCCAAAUAACAUUAUCUUCAUUUCUUGAAUAGAAUGUAUUCAUAACAUACAUUAAAGAAUAGAAAGUCACUUUGAAAAAUAAAAUUACAAAUUGAUGCGAUUUUA